AUGGGAUGGUAUGUAGUGAAGUGUAUAAAAUGUGGGUACUGGUUUUUAAUGGAAAAUGUCAAUUUCUGUAACCCGACUGUACUUGACAAACUUAAUUCACUCUUUGAACCAAAUCGGUACUUAGUGUUAAAUGAACGUGGUGCUGAUAGUAAUGGCAAAAGUAUUAUAUCGAAGUCAUACAAAAAGAUUAGGAACGUCUAUUCGAAGUAUUUGGUCGUUGAACAGAACUAUAAUGAAUUUUUGGAAUUAGUUGAUAAAACAAUUUGUAAUUUACACACUUCGGACGAACAAACACAAUACCACGUUCUUUCGCUUCGAAUGCUCUUUGCUGUUGUGGGAACAAUUGAAAAUUUACAAUUUGAACGAUAUAUUAUCUUAUGUGUGAUGCUUAGAAGUUUACAUCCGAUAUAUCAAACACUUACAAACGACUUAUUCCAAGAGCUUUUUUUAUCAAAAGAAGUGUUGGAUUAUCUACCAAUUUCGAUACAAUUUUACUUGCUUAAAGAUAUUAAGAACAUUUCGUUUUCUUCAACAAAUGAUGUCACUGAUAUCAUUCAAUGA